AUGUUCAAAAAGGACAUCCAAGAAUUUUAUAUAAAGAACCACAUUGAAAAUAUUUACAUUGUAAAAAGACACCAUGCAGAUGGCAACGUCGAGGAGAAAAAAAGCAGCGUUCUGUUCAAGAGCAUCGAUGAAUUUGUUCGUGUCCUCAUACAGAUAAGAAAAUAUGACAAGGAAAUUAAAAAGAUAUGUAUUACAAAAAAUGGAUCCAACAUUUCAACAACGUUACAAGAAUAUUUAGACUUUUACGUAAGUCAUUUUGGGCACAAAUUCCAUUCGUUCAUUUUGGAAUAUAAAAACAGUCUAGUCAACGAUGAUCUGAAAAAUCAUUACAUUAUAAAAAAACUUACUAAAAAUGAUAUUGAAAAUGUAGCCAAGAAUUCCUACGCACGGGUAAUGUUCAUGUAUGACAGUGUAAAAUAUUUACUUUACUAUAUAAAGAAGAAUAUUACACAAAUGACAGAAAUUAAUGAGAGCUUUGUAAAACUUUUGAUGAGCUACUUGCGGGUCUCUGUGAACCCGCUGAAUUUGAUUACACAUGUGUACUUACAUGGGUACAAGGCUGUACCCUCCGUCGAUCAGGAGAAAAAAGAAAAUCUCCCCAAUCAGAUCAGCCAAAAUGGACCAAACGAGACGUGGAAGGAAGUGUCACCCAUAAAAGACAACCCCGUGGUAGACUUCCCCACAAAGGACCACUUCUUCUGCAACGAACUAUGCCAAUUUGUGUGCUCUUACGGGGACUACAUCAUAAAACACACCAUAAGUAGUAGCUACGUAGAAGUCCUCAACAGGGGUGACAUUAUCAAAUCGAAAUUGAGCAUAUACGAGGCAGCUAAAAGACAUAUUAGAAGUUAUAUGAUGAAGAAAAUAUGCUCCUAUGCCAAUUUUAAGGACUGUAAUCUAAAUGCCCAAUUUGAGCAUGCUACCAUUUUCAAUGCAUACGAAGGGGAUCUAAUUAAGUUCCAAAAAAUAUUUAAAAGAUUCACGCAAGUUGGUAGUGGCUAUAAACAUGUCAGCAUGUCGCGUAGAAACUUUUCUUACAUUUAUGAACUUAUUCUAGCAGUGUACUUAGUGAAAAAAUGCCUCAUUCAUUUGAACGAAAAUAUCGACGCAGUUCUUCAGGUAGCCCUCUACACUUUGUACAGCGCCGCAAAAGUGAUUAUCAUUUAUUUGUACUUCAAUCUGCCCAAACACAUGUCCCAUUACUUUUUAAAUGUGUAUCUUCUCUUUUUUAAGAGUAAAAACAAAAAUAGUGAAGGUCAAAGGCAGGGCAAUAAAACCGCAUACAUUAUGAAUAGAAUGAGGAGGACUUAUAGAAAUGUCCUGCAGUAUGUUGUCAGGCGGGGGAAGGGAUCCAGCGAAGGUGAGCAACACACCCAAGACGGGAUGCCAUCAGAGGAAACCCCUAAUGCAGUAAACCCUUACGAAGUAAACCCUGACGAAGUCACCCCACUCGAAGGCAAAAUCAAAGUAUCGGAAAGAAAACGGUACAGAAAAGUCCUCAACCUGUUAUACUUCCAAAUAGACAGUUACGACAAAAAAUGGGCGAAACAAAAAAGCAAGCAAGAAGUGAAGAAAUUUGUCCGUCUUCACAUUAAUGGGUCUGUCAUACAACUCAAGUAUAACUCUGAAGUCCUUUUAAGAAAAAAAAAAAAAUGCAAUAAAAAGACGCUUUCAAAAGUGGGCCCCACAGAGGCUGUAAAAGAUAGUAGUCAACGGGUGACACAACAAAACGGUACAAUAUCGUGCAUGAAAAAACGAGCGAACCUUGUAUACCCUGAUAAAAUCGAAUAUAUGAAGAGGUAUGCUCCUCUAUACAGAACCAAAUGCAGAAGCAACACAAAAAAAGGAGGCAAAAACGCUCAUCGAAAUAGACCUGUUCAUAUACAAAUAAACACAGUGAACUACUCGAUGCACAACCGGCUCAUAUACAACUACCGUGAUGAUGAUGUCUACGCUAGGAAAGAAAAAAAAAGUGAUGAAGAAGGAGAAGUGAGCUCGUACAAAAACAGUAGAAGUUGCGCAAAACACAUCAUCGGGAAAUUAUUGAACUGCGUGUUGAGUAAUCUACGAAAGGGGAAUGAAUUCGCCCAAAGCAACACGCGUGACAUUCAUGCCAUCGACUCAUUUGACGCUGAUGCACCGAGCAACCACAACGGAAGUGACGAUUAUGAAGAUAGCCAUUGCAGCGGCCCCAAUGAAGAGGUUGCUAAGAUGGAUGAAUCUAUUACCUGUCCUGUUCAGACCAUUUUGAAUGAACAUGAAAAGGGCGGAGAUACUCCGGAGUCGUGUUACCUGUCGAGGAACGGCUCCAUACAGAGUGAAGCAAAAAUGAAGUGUGAAGUUUUGUCUGCAAGGACACUUGAUAAAAGCAAAUCUGAAAUAAAUUCAGUCCAAACGGUAAACAGCAAGGAAAUCCAAGAGGGUGAAGAAGGAAGGGACGAAGUAAGUAGCGAAGACGGAGGGAUACCCUCUAAGGAAGUGGACCACACAGUUAAGCGGCAAGAGGAUGAGAUUGUAUACACCCAGUUGGAUCCAUCCGUGGGAAAAACACAUAGCAGUGUAGAACAGUCACCCCAAGAGAGCUUCGAAAAAAGUAAGAAGAAAUACGCAGAAAAUGAAGAGGUUCAAAGGGGAGAAAUCUCUUCUCCAGAGAAAAUACAAAACGGAAUUGAAAAAAUUGCAUAUGGCGAAAAGGCCGAUGACUCCCCCAGACACGGCUCCAAAACGGAGGGACACACUGAAAGGGAAGAGUUGGAAAAGGAAUCGCUCGAAAAGGAAAAACAGAGGGAUGACUCCGAAGGAGCAUGUUCACCACAGAAUAUAAGCCAGGCCCUUUUGCAGUUAAGAAAAAAAAACAAUCGCAGAACCGAGGGAAAAUAUAAAAUGUUCUUUUCAAACAACUCCAGCACGAUGGACGCUUCGUCGGAUGAUUAUUACCCGUUCAAGACAAUGAAACAAAAGGCAGAAAGGGAACGGAGGAAGGCUGCGGCGAAGGCCAAGAAGAAGGCGAGCUCAACGAAAAAGGGAAAAGAAAAAUCGAACAUACACACAAAGGGAAAGGAAAAAUCGAAGGAACCUAUAAAGGGUAAUGAAAAAUCGAACGUGCAGACAAAGGGAAAAGAAAAAUCGAACGAACCGAUAAAGGGUAAUGAAAAGUCGAACGUGCAGACAAAGGGUAAUGAAAAGUCGAACGAACCGAUAAAGGGCAAAGAAAAAUCGAACGAACAGACAAAGGGAAAGAAAAAGGAGGAGAAAUCCAAAAAGAAAGAAACGGAUCAGGCGUCCAAAACAGGCAGUAGUAAAACCAAUAAGAGGAAAUGGUUAGAACACACUGAGGAGGAAACUAUUACAAAGAAAAAAGGCAAGUCGAACCGUUCAUCCAGUUAUCAUUCGAUGAAGAACGAUAAUUCGAAACGAAACAAGCUCGUGCAGGGGAAGGAAAAAAGCAGCACUACAGACAGAGUUACGAAUAAUCAGUUCAGGAAAAGGAACACUGGUAUUGCAACUGAGGAACGCGCUAUAGCCACUAAUGGUGAGGACUUCCUAGAUGAGCAUAAAGGCGGGUCAGCGAACAACUCACAAAUGAGCAAAGCUAAGCCGCCAACAGCUGAUGAUACGACAAUACACGGCAGUGCGAGAAAAUUAAUCUUUAAUGUGUCACUGAAUGGAAGCGAAGGGGGAGAAGAAUGCAGUCCAUUUAAAUAUGAAUUUGGUGGGCGAACGAGCUGGGGUUUGAAUGUGUCGAAAGGGCAUGAGCCCAUUUGUGGUGACCUCGAUGUGAGUGACCACCAUUACAAUUCUGAUGUCCUCGUUUUGAAUGAGGAUAAUCCCUUAUGGAAGGAUGUGGACGAAUCGCAAAGCGUGUCACGCAUGCACGGGAAAAAAGAUAAAACAUAUGAACAGGCCUAUAAACGUCUUGAUGAACAGCUUCGCAUAGACAAAGACAUGCCUCAAUUCGACAUGCCAUUCAUAUGCACGCAACAAGUAUACAUAAACGAAAGAGUAUAUGACAUUGUGAAAGACACAGAAGAGAGACUAAAAUUAAUAGUAAUACAUUUGUUCAAUUAUUACAUAAUCGGAGGUAUAUUUCUAACCAACCCGUUCAAUAGAGCCCAAAGGGAAAGGUACAGAAACUUCACAAGCAUACAAGAAAAUAUCAACGAUAUAGAACACACCAAAAUAUUUAAGUAUAGUAGCCACGAACUUAUGAUUGGAAAUAUUAGGAGGAAUACAAGGGUGUCUUUGAUGGGUGGUAGGACUUCCAAAAGAGUAAUGAUAAUUUUGAAUAGACAGGGCAAAGGAUUAAAUGGUGCCACAUACAAAUGUACAAUUAAUAACGCGUUGUAUGCAUGUAAAGUUCAGCAAAGGUUAUACUUGGCGAAGAAAGAAAUAUUUUUCUCCUACAUUUUGAAGACCAGAAAAAUGUUGAAGCAUAGGAAGUAUUCUGAGCAGCGUAAGAGAGCUCUCGGUAUGGGGGGGAAGACAGCUGAGGUCAGAAGUGACUAUAGCCGCCAAGAAAGCGGCAUAAGUAGUAGCGCCGAGCUAUUCUUCGAAAUUUUCGUCAAGGGCAAUUUGUACAUGUUCCCGGAUGAGCUGCACUACAAGGUUCAUACGGCGGACGGCAGCUCGGACAAAAGUGCGCGCAAAGGGGAAGGGCAACGAAAGGGAGCCAAAAGAAGAGGCAACAAAGGAAACAAAAAAGGAGACAAGUGCGAGGGGGUACCAGAAGAAAAGGAUAACACGGAGGAAAAGGCAGAACAAAAUAGCGAACGCAGAAAAGAGGACAAGUGCGAAGGCCAGGCCGAGGAAAAGGCAGAACAAAAUAGCGAACGCAAAAGCGAGGGGCAAAGCGAAAAGCACAGCUCUGAAGGCGGCACAUCCCUGCUGAUCAUGGGGACGCACAAACACGUGACCACGCUCAAUGAACUCAUAAACACGUUCAUCAGAAAGGGCCACCAGUCCAUAAACGAAGAGCUGGUGUUGUUCAUCGUGUACCACUUGAUCGUGGCUUUGUUGCAGCUGCACGUACUGGAUGUGCUCCACGGAGACGUCAAAAUAGACAACAUAUUAGUUGCAAAGGACGAGAAGCUUCUGCUCCAGAUGCAGAAAAGUAAGAGAAAUAGCCCAAGGGAGGCACCCAGCAGUUGCAUGGGGAAGACGAAGGGCAAAUCAAAGAGCAAGAGCAAGCCUCGCACAGAAGGCAAUAGCGAUAGCAGCCGCAGCAGUAGUGGUACUCGCAGUGUUCCCGCCGGUAGCAGAAGUAGCAGUAGUGGCGUUCGAAGCGCAUUCGGUGGUAGUAGCACCUUCAUGUCUGAAUACAUGCUGAACGGGAAGGGCACCAGGAACCCGAACUCCUUUCUGAUAAAAAAAUUUCCAUUGAACAUAUUCCUAAUCGACAUUGGUAGAGGAAUUGAUGCAAAGAAUUUCAGGAACUAUCUGUUCUAUGGAGAAAAAAACUGCGAUUGCUACAAUUUCCUCUCAGAUUCUAUUUUUACCUACCACAUAGACUUUAUAGGCAUCGCGCAAGUGGCUAGCUGCUUAUUAUACUACAAGCAUAUGGGGUGCACAAAAUAUAAAUACGAUGAGAGCAUAAUGGAUCAAAACUACACUACCAUUAACAACCUGAAUUUGACCUACAUGACACACAACAAGAACUUUAUGAAUAAUAGCAGUACCCAGGUUAAGAUAAAGAAGAAGGAGGCUCCUAAGGGUAAGAAACAAAGUAGGUGUAAGGAGAUCGAAAGUUUUAUACAGGUGAAGGAGCGCGCCUAUACGGAGGAUGAAGGGAAGCAGGAGAAGGGGUGUACCGGCGAAAGUGUUUGCCUCGAGGGAGGGAAGACCACGGGGAAGAGCUCGCACAGUACAGAGAAUGGUCCGCAUCCCGUGGGACUCCUCCAACGAAGCCUUAACUGUGCAGGAAACAAACAAAAAGAAUCAGACAAGGGGAACAAAGGAUCCGCUAAUAGUAACAUGGCGCCAGAAAGCACCUACUUUAUAGAUUACUCAGGAAAUAUCCCCAUGGAUGAUCGUGAUAGAAAAAAAAUCGAAAGGUAUAUUGACCAAAUGAAAAAGAAUAACGAAAAUUGCUACAUUGAACAGGAAGAAGAAAGAAAAAUAAAAAACUUUUCCGUCAGGUUACUAUCCAAGAGAAAAAAGUAUAUAGAAUUUUGGGAAAUUUUUUUUCAUCUUCUGUUAAACUUUUGCAAUGUGUACGAAUUGAGCUCCGUUAGUUACAACAGCAAGGAGAUCGGCACGAAUGUUGACAAGGCCAAUUUGUUCCAUCACAAGGUGAUGAAUAAAACGGAAAAUUACUACUUUGACUUUUGCAAAAAUAACUGGGAGGAGAUUCCACAAGGGGACCAACAACGGAAAGAUGUCUGCAUGAAGGAGAAGCUCCAUCCAUUUGAUACAAGCAAUCAUAAUUUGUAUACACCUAAAGCGGAAACCGUCUGGUUUAAUGGGGACAGUCACAACGAAAGUGCACUUGAGGAUGUCCACCAUACGGAUGAGGCCAAACAAGAAAUCGGUAAUCUAUGUCACCACGACAACACCAGCACCGAUGAUGACAGCAACGCAUGUUCGAUGAAAAAAGGCCGCUGUGAUGUUGAAAAAGAGGCGCUAGAAGAGAAUCCCAGGAAGCAGACACAUAAUGAACCACACAAAGACAAUAGCCACCAGGUGGACAACACUAACGCAGAAAAGGAAAUCACAAAAGUUGUCUUAGACAAACAACAUGAACAAACGAAUGGAGACCAACCACAAAGUAAUAGUAAAUAUUUUUUUAUAAAAAACUCCAUUUCGAAUUUAAAAAAUAUAAAAAAGAAAAUGCACAAAGUGCAGCACAAAAUAGAACGGGACACAUUUGAGGCUAGCAUCAAGGGGAAAAACGACUCCUACAACUUCCCUAGCAAAGAAGAAAAUUUUAGCUUGAAAAGAAAAAUGAUAUUCUUUGAGAAUGAACAGAAUAGACAAAAGUGCAGGAAAUUGAAUGACCAGAAGUACUACGCGAAGGAGUGCCGCCCGAACGACACCAAAAGGUUCACCAGGUAUGUCAACAAGCUAAUGAAGAAGAAAGCCAUUUUUGUCCUUAUGUUUUUAAAAAGGACAAUUGAAAAAAUAUUUGAUGAUGACACAAGUAGGCAGGAAAUUUUGCUCAGCGAGAUGAAAAAUGCGGUGGCUUUUUUUUGA